AUGGCGAUGAGAAUGUGUGUUUGGAUAUUGCUGACUUUAUUUAGUGUGGUUAGUGAGUGGUAUGGCCAUUGUUGCGGGUGCUUGGAGGAAGAGAGAAUCGGUCUCUUGGAGAUCCAAGCCUUCUUCGAUCCAAAUCGCCUUUCCUUGAGGGAUUGGGUGGACAAAGAUGGUAUUGGCAAUUGCUGUGAGUGGUCUGGGAUCGAGUGUGAUAAUACUACCAGGCGAGUGAUUCAACUCUCUCUUAUGGAUGUGAUGGACCGUACCGGUUUGGGGGAUUUGAUUCUCAAUGCAUCGUUGUUUUUGCCUUUCGAAGAAUUGCAAAGUCUCAAUCUCAGAGGCAAUAGAUUAGUUGGUUUGUAUGAGAAUCAAGGCUUUCAAGUCCUAUCAUCAAAACUGAAGAAACUGGAGAUCCUUGGCCUAACUCAAAAUCAAUUUAACGAGAGCAUUUUAUCAUCUUUGUCCGGUCUUUCAUCUCUUAAGUCUUUAUAUCUAUCACAGAAUAAUUUGACUGGAUCAGCUGGCUUCUAUGGUAACACCUUAUCUGGUUUUGAAGUCCUGGCGCCAAGGUUGAAGAAAUUGGAGAACCUUGACCUUGGUUGGAAUAAAUAUAAUGAUAGUAGCAUUUUUCCUUCUUUGAGUGAGUUUCAAUCUUUGAAGUUUUUAGAUCUGUCAGGAAAUAUGCUGAAUGGAUCGACUAGUUUCAAUGGUAAAUUACUUAUCCCCGUGAGUGGAUUCCUUUCCUUGAUAAGACACUGA